AUGGCGUCUGACUUGAAGCAGCAAGUCUACGCGACGCGAAAGAUGUUGGAAGAGAGUAACGCGCGCGUGCUAUCGCUCGAAACUCGGACGCAAGAGGCGGACGAGCUCGUGGAGGAGCUCGGGCGGCAGCUCGAGGCGAGCGCGGGGGCGCUGUCCAAAGCCGCGCACGAGGCGUCCAUCGCCGCGGAGAAGGCGAGCAAAGAGAAGGCGCACGCGUUGCUUCUCGCGGAGGAGGAGGCGGUUAGACGGUGCAACGCCGCCGCCGCCGCCGCCGCGGAGGCGGCGCGCGAGGAAACGAGGGAGCAGCUCGUCGCGGAGUGGUCGAAGAAGCUCGCAGACGCGACGACGUUUGCCGCGGACGAGAUGCAGGCCGUGAAGGAGUCGUUAGAGGCGGAGAUGCACGACGUGAAGAGGGCGCUCGAAGCGGACGUCGCGGAGCGCGACGCGCGCGUCGCGGCGAGAGACGCCGACGUCGCGUCGCUGACGCGGGCGGCGAGCGAACAGACCACGCGCGUCGCUGCGCUCGAGGAGGAGGCGAUGAGCUUGCACGCGGAGAUUCAGAACGCGCGCGCGGACGUCGUCGCGCAGAGGGAGGCUGCCGCCGAGGAAUCGAAGCGGAUGGAUGCCGCGCACGCGGCUGCGGUGCGCGUGCUCAACGAGCGACGAAGAGAGGAAGCCGCCGCCGCGGAGACGCGCGCGCGCGAGAUGGAGGCGUCGCACGAGAACGAGAAGCGAGCGCUGGAGGCGCGAUCGGAGCUCAAGGGUAAGCGCUUGUCGUGGGCGUUCAGCGCGUCCAGGGCGAUCAUGAACGAGACGAACGAAGCGCUGAAGACGGAGCACGAUGAGAUGAAGAGAAAGUUUGACAACCGCGAGAGCCGCGACGACGACUUGAGGGUCAUCUCGAGCCUGAAACAAGAGGUCACGAUCCUCCAGUCCAUGUGCGUGAGGUUAGAGUCGAACGCGAAGCAGAUGUCGCUGCAGUUGGAUAACCGGAACACGAACGACUACGUGUUCGGUUCCGCGUCGAAAGCGGGUCGGCCGCGGACGGUGACGGGCGAGCGCGCCGGGUAUCUGUACAAGCCCGUGUCGCCGCCCGGGGAGACGCGCCCGCACACGGUGAACCCGCACGCGCCCGCGGGUCACAGGAAGCUCGUCGGGUCCGCGUCCGCGUCCGUGAAGAAGAGGAGAGGCGAGCGCGGCGCGGCGUUCGGGGAGUCCCCUCUCGCGUCGCAGACCGUCCCCGCGAUGGGAACGGGCGGCGGCGGGAACCGCAAGCUCGACUCGGCGGCGAGCUUGAUGCGGCGGCGGUUUCCUUACGUGGCGGCGAUCGCGAAGUCCGAGCAGAGCAGCGCGACGACGCCGCCGAUCGUCAAGUCGAGCGUGAGUUUUCACCCGCGCGAUACGUUAGGCGUGAAGGUGAAGACCGCGUGGAUGCGCGAGAGCGAUUUCGGCGCGGAAGGGCCGCCGCAGAACACGCGGUAUCAGUUUUCGAGGCUCAACGCGCCGCUUCCGCGCGGGUUGCGAUGAGCGGGCGGAAAGGGGGAGGGGACGAAGGGUAAAUAAACAGGGGAUGGAUGUACUUAAUCGUGUCGUAUCAUCAUCUCGCGC